CGUCACUAAUCCAGUGAAGACUAGAGAAGAGCAAUGGGUGGAAAGAUGAAACCCAACCAAAAUCAGCAACAAAACAACAAUCACGGGGGGAAGCAGCAGGCCAGCAAUGAAAAGAAGAACGAACCAAUUGUUUUGAAAGUAUAUAUGCAUUGUCAAGGAUGCUCUACCAAGGUCUUCAACUCUCUCAAAUGCUUUGAUGGUGUUGAGGAAGUUAACAUUGAUAUGGCAAAUCAGAAGGUGAUUGUGAAGGGAUCAAAGGCGGAUCCAUUGAAGGUUUUAGAAAGGGUUCGAAAGAAGUAUAGUAGAAAUGUGGAGCUUCUCAGUGCCAGACCCAACCCCAACACUAAAGCAGAAAAGAAAAAGGAACCGGAGAAGAAAGAAGAACCUGUGAGACAAGCUGUAUUCAAAAUGUACAUACACUGUGAAGGGUGUGCUAAUGAUGUCAAGACAAACAUAGAAAAUAUGAAAGGAAUUUUAAGUGUUCAAGUAGAUAUGGAGAAGUCAAUUGUGGUUGUUAGGGGAAUUUUCGAUCCAAAAAAAAUUAGUGAUAUGAUUGAAAGACGGAUGCGAAAACAUGUGGAGAUUGUUCAGUCGAAGCAAGAAUCAGAGCAAGGAAAAGGAAAGGAAAAAGAUGAGAAGAGCAACGAAGACAAGAAGAUCAUUCACUUUAAUUACCCACCCCAGUAUUCGUCACAUUAUAUUUAUCCUUGUCAAAUCUUAAGCGAAGAAAACAUUUUUUCGUGCUCAAUAAUGUAAAUAAAUAGCCAUUUUGAUUGUAUCUGUGAUUUUUUAAAUUAAUAAUGAUUGAUUUUUAAC